AUGGAACCCUGGACUCUGGAAAUUGGGUUUAAGUCCUCUGUUCAUCCAUUCCCGGAGGUCGGAGUCGGGUUGUCGCCGGACUCUGUUGUGUAUUACGCCGGAACGAAGAUUAGUCCGCCGGAUUGUACAGUAAUGUAUACUUGGUCGAGAGAAAUCAAAGGUUUCAUCGGAUUGGCUUCUUCGGCGGCAGCAGUUCAUCAAUUUUGGACGGUGGUUGGAUCUUCAUCAAACUAUCUUCCGACGAAGGACGACUUGGGUCACUGUCUGAGGUUAGUUUCGUAUGCUGUUAAUUCUAAUGGUGUUAAAAUGUCUUCAACAUUCAUUUUUGUCACCAGUCCGGUUAGGCCAUUAACUCUAAGCCCUUCUCCUCGUAGCAUCAUCCCCACAAUCUCCGGCCUGAAAAGACUAGGAAAACCUCAAUCUGUUGUAGAAAAUAGUAGUGGUUUUAGGGUCUUGUCUUACAAUAUAUUGGCUGAUAUGUAUAUUAAAAGUGGUAGAGAUAAUUAUGAUUACUGCCCUCCGGAGAAACUUAGCUGGGAAUACCGUUGCCAGAAUUUGCUGUUGGAGAUUUUGUCUUAUGAAGCUGACAUUCUGUGUCUUCAGGAAGUUCAGAGUGACCAUUACAAAACUUUCUUUGAACCUGAACUCGCUAGAUUUGGGUACUUAUCAAUUUACAAGGGGAAGAGGAAAGGGAUAAGUAAAGGUAAAGAACUUGUAACCGAUGGAUGUGCAACAUUUUUUCGCCAUGACAAGUUCAAAUUGGUUAAGAAAUAUGAAAUUGAAUAUGAAAAGGUUGCAGUCCCUAUGAUUAGUAGGCUAAAAUCUGAACAAAGAAACCUAGGCAUAGUUCGUCUGUUGAAGGAUAACAUUGCAACUGUAGUGAUACUCGAAGAAAUCGACAACUGUCAUUCUAGAAUAUGUGUUGCCAAUACUCAUUUACUUAGUGGGAAGGGUGUAUCUGAUGUUAGAUUGUUUCAAGUGAUUAAUCUCGUUAGGGGUCUCCAAAAAAUUGAUUCUUUGGGAAUUCCUGUUUUAGUUUGUGGUGACAUGAAUUCUGCUCCUGGAAGCGAUACUCAUGCUUAUCUUGUAGAGGGUAAGGUUGGUUAUUAUCGACAGGAAAAAAAAGACAUUUUAGGGAUGUCCAAAUUUCUUAAAUUGAAUCAUCCCAUGAAUCUGGCUAGUGCAUAUUCUGGGACACCAAAUGCACAUGGAAAUGAGACACUGGAUUACAUUUUAUAUUCUCAAAAUAAGUUGAAAGUAGAUGGAGUGUUUGAAAUUCCUUCUUAUGAAAGCAUAGGUAAGAGAAGGCUACUGCCCACACCUCAAUGGUCAUCGGACCAUGUGGCACUUGUAGCUAAUGUGAGAAUAAAGAAAGCUUACAGGGAGCAAAACUGCUCAGAACCACUUCCUACUGAUCCAUGGGAAGAAGUAAAAAAGGUGAAGAGUUUCGAAGUUCAGAAGAAAGCAUUCAAGAAACAGAAGGAGAGGCCUAACAUUUACCAUAUCAAAAACAUGGAAAGGAAAUUAAUAUUUGAAAGUCUAGCGCCAAAUUGUAAAAUAAUGUCCCGUUGCCAAUUUGCCGGUGUUAACAUCAAGCGGCAGCUGAUAGGUUGUCAGUAA